UUGACGGCUGUGUGUGAAAUUAUACAUUAACUAAGUUAGACUUAAACAACGGGAGGCCUGUUUUCGCAAAAGGAGGAGGAGGGAAAUAAAAAUUACCUCAGAAACGGCCCAGAUCCUGCCACACCCAAGAUGGCCUCCCCAGGAAGCAGAGCUUUCUAUUCGCCGGCGUCGCCUCAGAGGCCUCGAAAGGCCUAGGCCCGGAGCCUAAAACGAAGAAAGACGUUGGAAGGAACGACUUGGGACGGAGGGAACGUCGUUGCUCCGUUCCCCUCAGGCUCCAGGGACAUCUAUUCCCUCACAAAACGUCCAGCUGUCAGCUGCUUGGCGCCAUGGGGAGCAGAGCCGGCCUUUUCCUCCUGGCCCUCCGUCUGCUCAGCCUCCUUUCUCUUGCAUUGCCGCAUCUCUCUGGAGCCACGGUCCUCAAGGUCCCCGAAGAGGUUUCGCUAGAAAACGGCAGUUCGAAGAACAUCACAGUGACUUUAAGUCCUCCGCUCAAUGAGACACUGGAGAUCACAUUUAACGUCACCUAUUCGUCCAAGGAGAACCACACCAUCGUUGAGCUGCCCAAGGAGGUGAUCGUAGCGGCAGGCCUGAAGGAGACCCACUUCCAAGUGAGAGCAAAAGAUGUCGGACAGGUGACGGUCUACCUUCAGAGCAAUGCCUCCAAUGCAACAAGGCCAAGAAUCCGGUUCCUGGUCCUCCACAGCAAUGCAGUGAGGAUCCUGGACCAGGUGAUCGGGUGGAUCUAUUUCCUGGCCUGGUCAAUCUCCUUCUACCCUCAGGUGUUUGAGAACUGGAAACGGAAAAGCGUCGUGGGGCUCAGUUUUGACUUCAUUGCGUUGAACCUGACCGGCUUCAUCGCCUACAGCGUCUUCAACGUCGGGCUCUUCUGGGUCCGCCCUGUGAAGGAGCAGUUCCUGCAGCAGUAUCCCAACGGCGUGAACCCGGUGGACAGCAACGACGUCUUCUUCAGCCUCCAUGCCGUUGCCGUGACCCUCGUCAUCAUCCUGCAGUGCCUUAUAUAUGAGAAAGGGAGCCAAAAGGUCUCCCGGAUCGCCAUCGGCUUGCUGGUUGUCGGCUGGAUUUUCAUCUUCACCACCUUGUUUGUGGCCGCGGCCGGAGUCAUCACCUGGCUUCAGUUCUUGUUUUAUUUCUCCUACGUAAAGCUGGCCGUCACUCUCCUCAAAUACUUCCCACAGGCCUACAUGAAUUUUCGCCGCAAGAGUACCGAGGGCUGGAGCAUUGGCAACGUCCUGUUGGACUUUGUGGGUGGCAGCUUCAGCUUGCUUCAGAUGUUUCUACAGUCCUAUAACAACGAUGAGUGGAAACUGAUCUUUGGGGACCCCACCAAGUUUGGCCUCGGCCUCUUCUCCAUCUGCUUUGACAUCGUCUUCAUCGUCCAGCACUACUGCUUGUAUCGGUCUGAGGAGUACCAGUUCUUUGCGUAACCAUCUCCCACAACGCAUGGGUGCACCGUCUAAAUUUGCCAGCGUCAGCUGCCACAGACACUAAGACUUGCAGAAAGACAGUGACUCUGGUUCCCAUCUGAGGAAGGCAGCCCUCCUCGAUUUAACUACCUUCUGGUGCCUUACUCUUUUGCUAAGAUGUAGUUCUGAUUUCACUGUGUCACCCAAAACGUUAUUGCCUUCAAAGAAGGCAGUCAGGAAGACGGCUUCCAUCCAACCGAUCUGUGAACUGUGGACUGGGCACUCCAGCCUUCCCCUCUUGUGGCAAAGCACAGAGAGAUCACUGGACCAAACCUGACGACCCUUUCUUCCAUGGAAGCAUUCCAUUUGCACUGAGGAGCUGCUGAACUAGGCUGCGUAAACCUGUAUUAACUGGGACUGAAGCAACUUCGGAGUGAGUGUCAGUGUGAAUUAAAUCUUAGCAUAAAACUUUCA